AUGCGGCCCUACCAAUACACCUCCCCCCCCACCACCAGCACCAACUCAGGGUUCGAAUACUCUCCAUACGGCACCGGCACUCCCCUUCCCCAACCACAACGUGAGCGUGGCGCCCGCCGCAAAAAAAUCGCCGCCGUAGCGGGCAGCGUCUACCGCGCGGGUGUAGCCGCCGCAUCAGAGCUCAAAGAGCAGUAUUACAACAGCCGAGCGGCGGCCGCAGCAGCACGGGAUACCGGGGUGACGGAGAGGGGGAUACCCUCAUCGCAUGUGUCAGGACCAGGGGCGGCAGCAGGGGCAGACGAGUCGCCUAUCCCCUCGAUACCGAACUCCUUUCCCCAUGUUAAGAUAGCCACUUCGGGAAAGAGGGGGGGAGGGGAGGAGCAGCAUCUGAUUCUCUUCCCUACAUAUACAAAACGGUUUAACAAGAGCACUGCAUCGAACUUAUCGACGCGUUUCCCGCCCGGGCAUCCAUUCCAUCAGGCGCUUGCAGCAGCCAUACAGACCGGGGCAGAACGUUUGCCGCCGCAGGAGGAAGAGUACUGGCGCAGCACGGUUGUUAUGGAAGAAAAUGCCGUCGUGGAUGUGGAUGUACGCGGGCAGGGGGGAAGGGGGAGGAGGGGGGAAAUUGUAAGGGAGUUGGGAGAGUAUGGGAGUGAUGGAGAGGGGGAGAGGCCUCCUCUGCCGCCUAGGACGACGGGUACGGGGUUGUCGACAGCGGCGACUGUGACGACCGGGCCGCCGGUUGAGUUGACCGAGGAGGAGCAAGCGGCUGCUAACGCGACACUGAUGGCAAGAAUUGGGCCGUUUGUCACGACAGCUGUCGCUCAGACGCCCGUUACACUAUUCUUCUAUAACGACACCAGAUCCCGUUCGCAUACUAUCCUUACGGACUCAUCAGGCCACUUCUGCACGCGCGUGGCGCUCUCCUUCACCCCCACACACAUCCGCGUCCUCGCCAACGAGGACUUGUCCAUGGUAUCCCCCAUCGAAGUCACGCCCCCCCAAGGCAUCAGCCUCAUAAGCGACAUCGACGACACAAUCAAGCACUCCGGCAUCUACCUUGGCGCGCGCGAGAUCUUUCGCAACGUCUUCGUGCGCUCCCUGGAAAACCAGACCGUCGACGGGGUACGUGAAUGGUUCAACCGCAUGGAAGCCCUCGGCGUCAAAAUGCACUACUGCUCCAACAGCCCCUGGCAGCUAUACCCCAUGCUGGGCUGCUUUUUCCAUGUGGCAGGCCUCCCGAUGGGGUCGAUGCAUCUGAAGCAGUAUAGCGGCAUGCUGCAGGGGCUGUUUGAGCCGGUCGCGGAAAGGAAGAAGGCGAAUCUGGAGGGGAUUUUGAGGGAUUUUCCCGAGAGGAAGUUUCUGCUUGUGGGGGAUAGUGGCGAGGCCGAUCUGGAGGUGUAUACGGAGCUGGCGGUGCAGAAUCCGGGGCGAGUGUUGGCAGUUUUCGUGAGGGAUGUUACCACGCCGGAGCAGACGACGGGUUUCUUCGACAGCUCCUUUGGCGCUGGCAACGGAGCUGGGGGGACCAGGCAGGCUGAGACGGCUAGGAAUGGGGCAAGAAGUAACAGGCCGCCGCUCCCUCCCAGGACGCUUGCUCCCCCGCCGAGUUUGGGGAGUUUGGGGCUACCGAGUACGGAAUCGCCUACUGAUGGGACGAGAGAUAUUCCCCGAAAGCCGGUGCCCCCUCCGCGACCAUCGAAACCGGCCGCUCUACGCGGGGCACCGUCGGAUAACCGGCCUCGCACAGCAGGCGCCGAUGUCACGAGACCAAGUCCGCAGUUAUCAACAGAGAGUGUCCGGCCUAGCACAAGCGCGAGACCAACACCUCCCCCUCCCCCUCCUCCCCGUCGGAGGACGACGCCGUUAGCCGUCACAGCUGCAGGGCCGGUGAUUUCUGUCGAGUCAAGCCGGGAACCAGAUCCACCGAGGCUACCUCCUAGGUCAUCUACCCGUCCGCUGGGACAAGAAUCUCAUCCUGUUUCGGGUAUCUCAAGAACAGCCACGACCCCACCCGUUAUUACCAGUGAGCCUACCACAUCUGCGGGCACCUCGGGGCAGUUCGUCAACAAGAAGGUCGAGACAUGGCUGAGGAAGUUGGCGAGAGCACACGAAGUGCUGGAUGCCGUUGGAGUGAAGCUAUAUACGUGGCGAAAAGGGGAUGAUGUGGUUCUUGAGGCGGAGGGGAUUGUUAGGGAGGCGUUGAAGGCCCUGAAUAGGGGGGAGGUAGACCCCUCCUCCCAAACUUCAACCCCGCUCCGCAUCCCCCCUUCUCUUUUCCCAGACCACGUCGCGCGCCCCGAUCACAGGCGAACAGGCCGUUUGAUUCUCAUUCCGAAGCCGGGCACUCCUGAAUACCCGGCCGACUUCCCUUUCUCGCCGACUGUUACGAAUAAUCCGAAGGCAAUGUACAACUACGUGCGUGUAGUGUCCGCCCCGUCGGCAGACACACCGGGAGUCUGUCUGUUGCUGCACUUCGACAGCCGGCGAUACUUCUUCGGUCGGGUCGCCGAAGGAACGCAAAGGCUCUUGAACCAACGUACGGUCUCGCUGAUGAAGGCGACGGAUAUUUUCCUCUCCGGCCGGAUCGACUGGUCGUCGACAGGCGGACUGUUGGGAAUGUUUUUGACACUCGCGGAGAUCAAAGGGCGGUCGGACCAGAUGCUGCAGGACCAGAAUGAGAAGGCUCGGAGGGAGGGGAAGAAGGAGGUGAAGUAUCAUGAGGGGCAUGUCAAUGUGCAUGGUGGGAAGAAUUUGGUGCAUAUGUUGGCGUCGGCGAGGCGGUUUAUAUUCAGGAAGGCGAUGCCUGUGUGUCCUAGGGAGGUGAGGAGGGAUCCGAGGGCGGACGGCAAUAAGAGGCCGGAUUAUGAGGAUGAGAAUAUUCGCGUGUGGUCGAUCCCCGCCUCUAUCGCGACAGAGAACAGCAGUAGUAACGCUGCUGCUGCUGCUGCUGCUGCUGCUGCUGCUGCUGCUGCUGCUGCUGUUGCGCAAGACAGCGACCAGUCGCCGCCUAGGAAGCGCAAGCGGACCGAGGACAGCACCGCUGAAGGGGAGGCUGAGAACGAAUCGACGUCCAUGACUGACGAAGAAGCAGACCAGCACCUGCGCGAAUCGGUCGUCAAGGACAUGUUCGGCUCGCACUGGAGUCUCGACACCCUGCGCGAGAUGAAGCUGUCACAGGUCAAGCUUCCCGCCAAGAUUUUUGUCAAGAACGAAAAGGGCGAGCUCGAGCUGUACAACGGCCCCCUGCCCGACGGCACCAACAAUCCCCCGGAUAUCAACGUCUUUGUGCGUCUGCCUUGGCCCGCAUCCCGCGUCGAGAAGCUGCCCAAGACCGAGCCGUCCAAGGAGACCAUGUGCUAUGUGGUCAAGAACUAUGGUCGUCGCGGCAAGUUUGACGUCACGAAGGCUGAUGAACUUGGUGUGCCGAAGCAGCACCGCAAGUUCCUUGCCAAUGGGCAGAAUGUCACCGGCAAAGAUGGUAUUACUGUCACGCCAGAUAUGGUCCUCGGCCCGUCUGUCCCUGCGGCUGGCUUUGCCAUUCUCGAUAUCCCUUCGCUGGAGUAUAUCGACGCUGUUCUCGCGCGCCCGGAGUGGGCUGAUGAAGAGGAGAUCGUCAAAGGCGUCCACGUGGCGUACUGGAUCCUGGGUGACGGCGUCGAUGCGAAGGACGAGCGCAUCCAGGCGUUCAUGAAGGCACACUCCUCGUGGAAGCACAUCGUCUUUAGCAAGUCGCUCAACCCCAACGUCAUCGCCAUGAUGAAAGCCGCCGAUAAGACUAUCCGCAUGCACCACAUCGACCCGGACCGCUACCCUUUGCCAGUUUACGACAACAACGGAGGUAGUCUGCCCUCCGGGGAUGGUGUGCCUGACCAAACCGUCGGUGUAGCAGGCCACACCUACCUCAUCCUCCCUCGCAUCGACUUCCCCACGGACAACAUCAUCCCCCCGAUGAACACCAAGUGGCCGUCGAUCGACCUCGUACAAAACGGCGCCGAGAUCCUCGCCCUGGCCCAAGCCGGCCGCGAGCGGAUCGCCAGCCCCGAGUUCCAAGCCGAGGUCGCGCGUGCCCAACAGGACCUCCCCCUCCCGAACACUGAAAUCAUCCCCCUCGGCACGGGCUCCUCCAUCCCGUCCAACUACCGCAACGUCUCCGCAAACCUGGUGCGCAUCCCCGGCUGGGGCAGUCUCAUCCUCGACUGCGGCGAGAAUACCCUGGGUCAGCUGCGCCGGUUGUAUGGCUACGCAGGCGCUGACGAGGUUUUGCGCGACCUCCGCGCCAUCUACAUCUCGCACAGCCAUGCGGACCACCACCUUGGCACCGUGGCGGUUAUCGACGCCUGGCUGAAAGCCACCUCCCAAAGGGAGGAAACAGCCUCCGGCAAGCUAGCCAUCAUCGCCGCGCCCAAAUACCAAGCCUUCAUCCGCGAGUUCCACCAAGUCCAGCCCCUCGGCCUCCUCGACCGCGUGUUCCCCGUCACAUUGGGCAAGACCGACUUCCGCCACGUCCCGGGUCGCGUGCUGGAAGUCUACAACAGCUACAACGUCCCCGACCUCCCCAAGAUCGAGCCCGUCCUGGUAGACCAUUGCUACGAGGCCGCCGCGACAAUCUUUACUUUCGAUCAAGACGCUAGAUACGGCGGGCUGAAGAUCGCCUACUCAGGCGACUGCCGCCCGUCGGCGGAAUUUGCCUCCGUCGGGCGCGGCGCCCACCUUUUGAUUCAUGAAUGCACGUUCGAGGACGGGCUGCAGGCCGACGCACUGGCGAAGAAGCAUUCUACCCUGUCAGAGGCCCUCGCCGUAGGGAGGGAUAUGCAAGCGCGCCGGAUCCUGCUGACACAUUUUAGCCAGCGGUAUCCCCAGCUGCCGGCGGUGAGCAAGGAAGUGUUGCAGCAGGGACAGGACGGGGACAGGGAUGUGGAGGUGCUAUUUGCCUUUGACUUGAUGAGGGUUAGGUUGGGAGAGUUUAAGCAUGCGAAUGCGUUUUUGCCGGCGUUGAGGAAAUUGUAUGAAGCUGAGGAGCCGGAGGAGGUCGCAGCAGAAGAGUAG